AGAGGUCUAACUGGCAGACACUUUAGAUUCCCACAUGUGUUUCCACCAGACCAUGCCCAUCUCUCUAACAUUUGUGUUUUCCAUAUUUGUUUAGACAUAAUUCUCUCUCUCUCUUCUUCAGUACCUCUUGUUCUCUACUUUUCUUCACCAAUCCUAUCUCUUCUCUCUGGCUUUUAUUUUCCUUACAUCUGGAUUUGACCCAUUUUUGGUUAACUCAAAGAGUACAAACUUCUCUUAAGCUUCCAAGUCAACCACUUCAGGUUCUGUCGGCUGCCUCUUCCCAGAUCUCAACAUAAUUUUCGUUAAGACUAAAAAGAGUUUGAUUAAAUGACGGAAUCUGAUGAUGCCUCACGAGAAUUACCAGCUAGAGAAGGAGAUACCUCGUUAAAUCAAGAUCUAUCCAAGCCAGAAUCUAUCAUCUCUGUCUCGCUCGAUCUCAAGCUCAACGAUAAUUUCAAUGAUGAUCAAAAGGGCGCAAAGUGUCAAUCCAACCCGAGAGUCUUCUCCUGUAACUAUUGUAGGCGCAAGUUCUAUAGCUCUCAAGCUCUUGGAGGUCACCAAAACGCUCACAAGCGAGAACGCACAAUGGCUAAACGAGCAGUGCACAUGGGAAGAAUGUUUGGUCACCACCACAGGCCUUACACAUACACAUCUUCUUCUCUAGGGAUGCAAGCUCACUCCGGUCUACUUCACCACACCUUAUCCCAGCCUCAGCCUCCUCCUCAUCUUGCAAGGUUUCAUCAUCAAGGGUAUUUUGGUAACACCGUGCCAUUGUUCUUUGACUAUGAUGAUGGCAGUGAUUUAUUCUGGCCCGGGAGUUUUCGUCAGGUUGUUGAGGAAGCUGAAGCUCCAGUGGUGGUGGCUGUUAGAGAGUCAGGUCUUGAUCUUAACUCGGUUGCAGCUGAUGGAAGUGUAGUAGAUAAUAACAAUAGGUCAAAGCCUGAUCUUACAUUGAGACUCUAAGCUCAUCAUCUCUUGUGUUCAUUUACAGAAAUUGAUGCAAAACUUUUAUUGUUAUAUAAAUGAAGUUUGUUAUACAUUUUGA